AUGGAAAACGAAGUUGCAGUGGCCGAUGUGAGAACGACACAGGAAGUUCAAGAAGCGGAGAGUACGAGCAAGUAUGUCAAGUUCUCAAGUGUGCUCUUACUCUCAAUCGUACUGUGCUUGGCGACAUUUUGCGUAGCAGUGGACAAUACUAUAAUUUCGACCGCCGUCCCUCGGAUUACCCAUGACUUCCACAGCAUUGACGAUGUGGGUUGGUAUGCAGCAAUUUAUCCAUUGACUUCCUGCGCAUUCCAACCUUCGUACGGCAAAAUCUAUAGCCUCUUCUCCAGAAAAAUCGUCUUCCUGUCAGCAUUGCUGAUAUUUGAAAUCGGAAGCGUUGUAUGUGCUACUGCACUGAAUUCCCAUGUUUUCAUUCUUGGGCGGGCAUUAGCAGGUCUGGGUUCUGCUGGGAUACAAGCAGGCACUACACUCAUCCUCGCUGAGUGUGUUCCGCUACGCCAGCGACCGACAUGGAACAGCAUCAUUGGUAGCAUGUUUGCAGUCGGGAGCGUGGUUGGACCUCUACUGGGAGGUGCCUUCUCGGAUUCAACUACGUGGCGUUGA